AUGCAUAAAAUAUUAUUAUCAAUAUUGUUAGUAUUAUGCAUUUAUUUUGUAUUAGGGAAAUGUAUCAAACAUCCCAAUAUAAAGCUAUUUAUUAAUACAACAGCCUAUACUUCCAAAUCGAAUGAUUUUAAUUUAAUAAAAAAGAAAAAAAGAGAAAACGCAAAAUGGAGUAACCUUAUUAGUAGCAAUUUGAAUUCUUACAAUAAAAAGGGUGAAGAUGGAAAGUUAAACACACCAAAUAAAGGUGAAUAUGAGGAUCAUGAUAAAGUUGGAUUGAGUUUAAAAUUUCUGAAAGAAAACGAACAAAAGGUUAUAGAAAAUUUAAAAAAAAGAGGGAUGGAAAAAAAAGUAGAAGAUAUAAAUGUGAUGAAAAAUUUAAUUCAUGAAAAAAAUCAACUUGAAAUAGUAAGAAAUAAUUUGAGAAAUAAACGAAAAAUAUUAUCAGAUAAAGUCAAAGAUUUAAUGCUAAAAAAUAAAGAUAGAUCAAUGGAUGAAAAUAAAAGAAACAAUUCGAUUAAUAAUAAUGACAACGAAUUUUAUAAUGCUAACAAAGAUGAAUGUGUAAAUGAAGAAAAUAUCAACAUGAUAAAAAAUGAAAUUAGCAAUAUUAAUGAAAAUAUAAAUUUAAAUGAAACAAAAAUGUUUGAUCUUAAAAAUAAAAUUGAAGAACACUUUAAUAGGCUACCAAACAUUAUAUUAAAUAAAGUUCCAGAAGGAAUAAAUUCAAAAAGUAAUAAAAUUAUUAAAACAUAUAAAAUAAAAAAUAUCAAUAUAUGGGAUGAUAAUUUUUUAGACCCUCAUGAAAAUAUCAUAAAAAGAUAUGAUAAUAAUAAUGAUAAUAUAUUUAAAAAUAUAUCUAAUAAAAUAGGUUUUGGUUAUAAUAUACUUGUAAAUAAUAUAGCCAAAUUAGAAAGAGCAUUAAUAAAUUUUAUGAUAAAUGUUCAUACUGAUAAAUUUAAUUACACAUAUGUAAAGGCACCUACAAUUAUAAGUAGAUCGGCUUUAACAAAUACUGGACAAUUACCAAAAUUUGAAAACGAUUUAUUUAAAAUUAACCAAGAUUAUAAAAUUUUAAAUGAAGAAGCUUUUCUAAUUCCAACAAGUGAAGUAUCUUUAUUAAAUUUAUUUAAAAAUUCACUAAUAGAACAUGAACAUUUACCUAUUAAAUUAGUUAGCCAUUCGCCUUGCUUUAGAAUAGAAAAAAAUUAUACUUAUGGUAAAACUUCAAAAGGUUUAUUACGUGAACAUAUUUUUGAAAAAGUAGAAUUAAUAUCUAUAACUGAUAAAAUAACAUCAUUUUUACACUAUAAAAAUUUAAUUAAACAUUGUGAAUAUAUAUUAAAAAAAUUAAAAAUACCAUAUAGACUUGUUUUAUUGAAUUCUAUUGAAACCCCAUUUUCAGCUUCAAUAUGUUAUGAUAUAGAAGCUUGGUUACCGAGUCAAAAAAGAUUUCUUGAAGUAUCAUCAUGUUCUAAUUGUUUAGAUUUUCAGGCAAGAAAAUUAAAUUUAAAGUUUAAAAAAAAUGACAAAAGUCUAUUUUGCCAUACUAUUAAUGGUUCGGGGUUGGCAGUAGGAAGAGUCUUAGCCAUAAUAUUAGAACAAUAUCAAAUAAAGAGAAGUUCAAAAAAUGAUAAAAUUCGUUUAACUGUACCUAAAGUAUUACAAAAAUAUAUGAAGGCAUCCAUAAUUGAUUUAUAG